AUGGCUCUAAGAGAUCCUAAUCUAGACUUCUGUGAAAUAACGAUAAGACGAGAUAACCACCUGGUUCCACAUUUUGUUGACACUGGUUGUCGUCUUUCCCGGAGACAGAAUUCCCGUUGGAACGAGGAGUCCGGCUUAUCUAGCACGGAUAACCGUUACAGCGUUCACCAUCGAACCGGAGGGGCACUUAUAUCAGACAUCUCCCAGGUCAGUAGCGAGAAAGGGGAUAAACCAAUUUUGCUUGAGAGGACUGGCCACUCAACCUCAGGGAUAACCAAAGAUGUGGGUUGGGAUGAAGAUGAAGCAAUCCUUGGGAUCAUGAGUAACCACUUGGUUCGAUCAGAGUCUGCAACCCGUGAUAAUACCGAAUAUGACGAUGGGAAUUGGAGAGAGGAAGUCAAUGCCUUCCAUAGAGAAAAUCUUGGGAAAGCUUGGGAAAGGGCACGCGAAUCGAUACGCCAGGCUGAAAUGUUGCAAUCAGCUAGCGAAACAUUAGCGCCUUCCGUUUCACCCCCUCCGGGCCCGUACAGUAACUACACUGGGCAGCUUAAACACAGUUAUUCCGUCAUUCCUAGUCCAAGUGUGGUCGUGGAGAAAUCCCCUGCGAUAAUUACUCAGGGUGUUGAUUCAAAACUACAGGAUGACACUAUGGAAUCCUACGCGGAAAGCGAUGAUAAUUUAGAUAUUGUCCCGCCGAUAAUUAUAACACCACCAGAGAUGGACGAAGAACCUGAACAGUUUUCAAACUUUGAGGAGUUCCCUGAUUUUGAAGAGUUCUCCGAUUUCGAAGAAUUAUUUGAUUCCAAAGAAGAAUUGUCCGAGUACAAAGAAGAUUUAUUUGAGGCAGAAGAAUUAUUUAGAUCCGAGGAACCAUUUGGACUCGAAGAAUUAUAUGAGUCCGGGGAAUUAUCCAAGUCUGAAGAAUCUUUUGAGCCCGGUGAAUUUUUCGAGUCUAAAGAGCCACUCGUUCUAGAGGAAUCAACCAAGGAUUUCAGUGUUGAGGCAGUCACUCUCAGCAAGGUUUCCGCUUUGCCCCCAAUCAGUCAUUAUAGACCCUCCAAGAAUUUCAACAAGGUUUUGGCAAAGGCAGUUGGCCUAGGCCUAUUGAUGGCUAUACCCUCGCUCAUUAUCAUUUGUGCCUUGUCAAGAAAAGGACAAUAUAUCUGGAUUCGAACAGUUAACAUGAAUGAUCUCGCAUUACCAACCUCCGACCAUGUUCGUUAUGAAGGCGGGUCUAGAGCUUCAGAAAAUCCGGGUGUAACGGCAUCCAUAGAGGGUGGUGAGAAUACAGCAACCACGCCGAGAGGGGUCCCCCCGGCACCAACGGUUCCAAUACCCUAG